AUGGUUCAUUUAGGUCCAAAGAAACCACCAGCCAGAAAGGGCUCUAUGGCCGACAUUCCAAAGGAUUUGAUGGAACAAAUUCACGGUUUGGAGGUCAUCUUCGGCGUUCAGCCUGAAAAGUUGAGAGCCGUUGUCAAGCACUUCAUUACCGAAUUGAACAAGGGUCUGAGUAAGAAGGGUGGUAACAUCCCUAUGAUUCCAGGUUGGGUCAUGGAGUACCCAACCGGUAAAGAGUCAGGUGACUACUUGGCCAUCGACUUGGGUGGUACAAAUCUGAGAGUUGUCUUGAUCAAGCUAGGUGGUGACCGUACUUUUGACGCUACCCAAUCAAAGUAUAAACUGCCUGACGCUAUGAGAACCACACAAAACCACGAGGAAUUGUGGGGCUUCAUUGCUGAGUGUUUGGAUGCUUUCCUAAAGGAACAAUUCCCAGAAGGUGUUACUGGAAAAUUGCCAUUGGGUUUCACUUUCUCAUACCCAUGUUCUCAAAGUAAGAUUACAGAGGGUAUUCUGCAAAGAUGGACUAAGGGUUUCGAUAUCCCAGGUGUUGAAGGUAAGGACGUUGUUCCAAUGCUGCAAAAACAAUUGGAAAAGAAACAGCUUCCAAUCGAAGUCGUUGCUUUGAUCAAUGAUACCACUGGUACUUUGGUUGCCUCCUUGUACACCGAUUCUGAGACUAAGAUGGGUGUUAUCUUUGGUACCGGUGUCAAUGGUGCUUAUUACGAUGUCUGCAGCGGUAUCGAAAAGCUUGAAGGUAAAUUACCUUCAGACAUUACGUCAGAUUCUUUGAUGGCUAUUAACUGUGAAUAUGGUUCCUUUGACAACGAACAUCUUGUCUUACCAAGAACCAAAUAUGAUGUCAUGGUCGAUGAACAAUCUCCUAGACCAGGUCAACAAGCUUUCGAAAAGAUGUCAUCAGGCUACUAUUUGGGUGAGCUAGUUCGUCUGGUCUUACUUGAUUUGCACGAUCAGGGUUUCAUGUUCGCAAACCAAGAUUUGACCAAAUUGAAGACUCCAUAUAUUAUGGAUACCUCUUUCCCAUCAAGAAUCGAAGAUGAUCCUUUCGAGAAUUUGGAAGAUACUGAUGACAUUUUCAACAAAGAAUUAGGUGUUCAAACCACAAUUCAUGAACGUAAGUUGAUUAGACGUCUUUGUGAAUUGAUCGGUACCAGAUCUGCUAGAUUAUCUGUGUGUGGUAUCGCUGCCAUUUGUCAAAAGAGAAAUUAUGAAACCGCUCAUAUCGCUGCUGAUGGUUCCGUCUUCAACAGAUACCCUGGUUUCAAAGAAAGAGCCGCUGAAGGUUUGAGAGAUAUUUACAACUGGAAAGUUACCAAUCCAAAGGACUACCCAAUCAAGAUUGUUCCUUCUGAAGAUGGUUCAGGUGCUGGUGCAGCUAUUAUUGCUGCUUUAACUCAAAAGAGACUUGCUGCCGGUAAAUCUGUUGGUACUCUAGACUCUGAAUGA